UUUAAAAAUAAUUAAUUAGAAAUGUUAAGAAAUUUUAUAAAUUUUACCCCAAUCAAAAGAUAUAACCAUUAUGCUAUUUUUGGCAUUAAAAAACUACAUACAACUAAACAGUGUUUGGUAGAAGAUGAACCUCAAGCGGAGAACAAACAUGUGAAUAGAAUUAAUGAAUUAUUAAAAAAAUAUACAACAGAACAGGAAGAAAAGAUAUUAAAAAUUGUAAAUAACUAUAAUUUAAAUGAAUUGUUAGGCUAUGAAAUCUCCAAGGGAAGAGCUAACAAACUAUUGGCCUGGCGUAUGCGUAAUGGUUUAUUAAAGGAUUUAAAUGAUAUAUUUUCGGUAGAAGGUUUUGGCCUUAAAGUGGCUGAUAAAUUCUAUCAAAGUUUGUUGCUAGAACCUAAAACAAAUGAAGAGGAACUGGGCAAAGCAGGCCGGUCUAGAACAGCACCUUUCAUAACACCCUCUUUGGAAGGGGAACAAAGGGAAGCAAUAAAAUCGUGUGUUUCUGUAAGAAUAGGUGUGAAUAGCAUAACCUGGGCUCGUUUGGAUGUGUCGGCACAGGAUAUUAAUGCUCCCUGCUUAUUAACCCAUUGGCAACAUCAUGAAAUAUCGGAGAAAAAGUUACAUUUACAUGAAUUAAUACAGCGUUGUUUGUAUAUCAAUCAUUUGAUACCUUCUGCCGACUGUUAUCUCUUUGAAAAUCCCCAAAUGGCUCAAGCCAGCAACAAUCCCGGCAGCGUGGAACAACAAAAUAUCAAUAUACAAAAGGCACAAGUCACCGCCAUUAUGGGUUAUGCGUUGGCCUCUAGAAAUAACGAAUUAAAAGAUUUAGCUGACCAUGAAACGGACAAUAAAUCCAAGUACUUGCCUAAUAUGUUCUAUGUACGCAGAUUUUUAACUGCACGCCUGUUUAAUCAUUUGGUGGGCACUGAGAGGGUGUCAUCGGAACAGACAAUUUUAGAUAUGAUGCGCACGUUUUAUAAUACCAAUGAAAUGAAUGAUUUUCUGCCGACAGAAGAAAACUCUGUUUUGGAAGGUGAUCAACAAACUGUAGAAAAGGAUAUAAAUAUAUCGGGUCGUGUACAGUUUCCCUCGGAGUUGAGGCAAAUGUUUUCAAAGUCGCCUCGCUAUUAUAGGGAAUUUUUGAGCCAGGCGUUGUUGUUGAAUUUGACAUUUGUACGUUUGGUUUUGCUGCAGGAUUCAGAGAGUAUAGCCACAGUGUCUAGGGGUAAUAAAACAAAACCUUCUUAAAAUAUUGAGGUUUUCUUUAAGUUUAAGCCAAAUGUUUUGAUUGUUAAUGUUGAGAUUUUGUAAUAAAAUGUAUUUAAAAGUAA